GUCUCACCCACCGAAGUCCGCUUGCUCUCGUGCGGUACUAUCCUAUAUUGAGCAAUUGAAUCUUCUUGAUCGCGCGACGAUACUCGACAUGCUCAAAGUGUUAGACAGAAAGGAUAGGUCUAACCACAAGGUGUCUUGCUAGAUCAAUGCGGAGUUCGGAUGAGCUGUCUGUCGCUUACAGUUACGAAGUUCCGGUGAGACUAGUCCGUCUUCCUCAUUGAUCCUCGAGACUUCCUACAAGCUUCACAAUCUGUCGCACGCAGUGACUUGUAGCUGAAUGAACAUCUCAGCAGGAUGUCUCGACGUCUCAGAUCUCUGUUCUUUCUCGUCCUCUGGUCCGACCAAAUUUUCACUCGGCUGAGACACGAGAACGGUCGCCCUGGAACGUCCAUACGCGUCGGUGAACACGAGGGAUCAUGUAGUUCGUGCCUUCCUCAUUGGGUAGAGGCAUUCCAAAGAAGAUCAACAUACUUGGGCUGGAAAGUAUACAGUCUCGACCCUAAUAGUCUAGACACUUUAAGGUAGCGUAUCCGACAUGGAAAGUUGAAGCUGUUCAUGC